AUGUCCGAGAUAAAGUUUGACUAUGAUGAGGAGCGUUUGUCUUUGUGCGCUCGUUCGGAGCUUGCAGCGGCAGUCGCUGCCGACAGAGCCGACGCCAUGACAUUGGUAUCUGCAUCCAAAGAUGAUGAUGAUGAACCGUGCUCUCAACUCUUCCAGGAACACGCAUUGCACUUUCGUCGUAGUCCCACGACGGGGCUGGAUCAUCACUAUCACUUGAAUCGAUUCCAUAGAUUUGUCAAAUCAGUCCAACAGGUGGAUUUGCACAAUUCCAAUCCUAGCAACCAGCAUAGAAUCGCACUGAAUCGGUUCGCGGACCAAGAUGAUACAACAAUACCCUUGUUUCCAAAUAAUAAUAAUGACAGUAUGCAAGAUUCCACAAGCUUGUGGGAUUCCACAACCAGGGAGCUUCUUUUCUCGGAUGAUCCCAUGGAAAUUGCUGCAAAUUGGACCGUUGGCCAUGGCGGAAUGGAUCACUUGAACCCAAAGAAACGAAAAAAGUCAAAGGUUCAUGCGCGGGAUGUGGCAACCGACAAGCUCAAGUUUCCAACGAGAGUAGAGGGACAUCAUCCUUUUGAAAUACCCACAAUCGACGAUCCCAUUGUGGAAGGAGAUUUAAUCAGAGUAAAACCUCGCAACAAGAUUGAACAAGAGCUUUUAGACAGGAGGGCGGACGACAACAGCAACAGCACGGAUGCCUUCUCCGUGUACUUGAAUUGGGCUACGCAAGACAAUCCAGAUGGAGUGCAGAUAGUAAAGGAUGCCUUUGAUCAGGGUGAGUGCGGGUCUUGCUGGGCAUUUACGGCCACUGGGAGUUUGGAGGCAAGUGUCUCGAGAACGCAAGCCAGGGAAGCCUACCAAGAGUUUCUAGAAAGGGUCGAGAUGAGAAGAGAUGAUGAAAGUCAAUUGAAGAAACUCCAUGAGGAGGCUUUCACAUUUGCACAAAGUGUCGAAGAAGCUGCGUUUCAAAUGGCAAACCUUUCCAUUCAGGAACUCAUCGACUGCGAUACUGCUGCCGAUCUGGGAUGCGUUGGAGGGAAUCCACUGCUGUCGUUUUAUUUCAUUUAUCGAUUUGGGCUUACCACCUGGAGUCAGUACCCUUACGUGGGCCACGAAGACGAAUGCUACAAACGGUUGGUCAGCCGUCCUAUUGCCAAGGUCAAGGCUUGGGGUGUCGUAUCGCCGAAUCACGAAAAUCAUAUGGAGCUUGUCCUGAGGUACAUUGGUCCUAUUGCAGUGGGAGUCAACGCUGCCGAUCGAUCUUUCUUGGCAUACCAAGAAGGCAUAUUCAACAAACCGAACUGCAGGCAAGGGGCUAACCAUGCCAUCUUAGUAACUGGAUACGGCGAAGAAAGGGGCGAGGAUGGAGAAGUGGUAAAGUAUUGGAUUGCCCGAAACUCCUGGGGGAAGGGCUGGGGUGAGAAUGGAUACAUUCGCGUCAAACGUGGCGAUGGGUUGAAGGGAACUCUUGGUGUUUGCGGCAUUGCUGAAAGCCCGAGUGUGGCCCUUGGCGGGGUGCUCUUGACAAAUCGGCACAGACUGGCGCCCUAUCACCACGCCCCCAACUCACCAUGGUCCGAUUCAGACCCUUUGAGCACCAGUCAGCCUUCUUCACCAUGUGCUCGUUUUGGUUUGGAAUCUUGCCAUGCCAUUGUGGACAUGGUUCAAGAUAACAAAGCGAUUUUACUAGGUGUUGUGGCUAUCUUUUGUGCCACUUUGCUGGCCGCUUGGCCUCUGUCAUUGCAGUGCCGAAGACGGCGACAACGGAGGCGAAGAGCACGUCAGAUGAAGGCCGGUGCGCAUAGGAUCGUGGGAGCAACUAAUCCAAUACCCUCCGCCCCAGUUGAGCCUUCAGAGGUUGACCCUCUGUUGGGUUCUCGUGGUGGCUCUACUAACUAUACGGGAGCUUGA